AUGGAGACAGUAGAUGACUUCGAUACCAUUGACGUGGAAUUGGAUGAGUUUUUCAAACACAAACAAAGAAGUCGAUGCAAAGAUGAGUUCCUAAAUACUCUCACAGACGAAGCGCUUGACGAAUGCACCAUACCUGAGAUAAACCUAAAUGAUUUUGAAGGAAUGUCAGAAGAUGAAGCACCGCAGGAGAAGCAGAGUGAUAGUGAAGGUGACGAUGAAGACAAAUUGCAGUUUCAAUACUCAACCCAUGAUCCGAAGGUGAAAUGGAACAAUAUGAAGCCAGUUCUUGGAGAGAGGUAUGAAUCACCACACAAACUAAAGUUUUGUUUGACAAAUUACUCUAUAAGUAGGGGUUAUCCAAUUAGGUUCAAGAAAUGUGAUAGUGUAAGGCUCGUGGCUGUAUGUGCAAGUGACCCUGAGAAAUUUGAAUGUCCCUUUGUUGUAAGGGCCUCAUGGAUGAGCACUGAAAGAUCAUUCCAAAUCAAAAAAAUGGUUGAGCAACAUACCUGUGUUAGGAAUUUCCGUAGUGCUAAUCUUAUGGAUCCCACAUGGAUAGCUAGGCAGUUUCUGAAGGAGAUGAUUAGGAAACCAAAUCUGAAAUGUAAGGAAAUGCAAGCUAUUAUUCAAAGCAGGAGUUGGUAUGUUCAUCCUAGUGGUUUGAAUGCUUUUGAAGUAAGAAAUGGCUUCCACUCAUAUGGAGUGAACUUAGAGGGGAUGUACUGUACAUGCAGACUUUGGGAGUUAUCUGGGAUGCCCUGUGUCCAUGCCCAAGCAACCAUAAUUUACACACAACAGGAUCCAGCUAGAUUCAUUAGCACAUGGUUUGGUAAGGACAAGUUCUUAGCUACUUAUGAGUCUAACAUCCUUCCUGUUAAUGGCAGUAAUAUGUGGGAACCAACACCUUACACCAAACCACUACCACCUAUUGAAAGAAGGAUGCCAGGAAGGCCUUGUGGUAGAAGAGGUGGUGGAAGAGGGGGUAGAAGUGGUGGAAGAGUGUCUACCAGUGUUUAUGAAGAAGGUGAAAGUUCUGGGAAAAAAGAACCUGGGAUUGAGACUCAAUUUGUCACCCAAACAACACCUAAUGUUGAGAGUCAAUUUGUCACCCAAACAGCACCUACUGUUGACAGUGAACAUGUACCAGAAACACAGGAAGCAGAUGUUAACAUUGAUGAUGAAGGUGAUGGUCUUGAUAUGGCUGAUCUGGAUCAAAUACUGCAUGAUUUGAGUUACCUUAGAGAGUCAAAAUACAGUGAAGCAGAGAUCCUUUUGUGUCUUAAUAUCACCCAAUCACAACUUAAAGGAUUUGAUGCUUUGCUUCACCAAUCCAAACAAGCUGCAAAGGAGGACAAUGGUGAAAACAAGGAGGAGAGUGACUAUGAAGAUGGAGUUGAAGAAUCACAGGAGGACAAUGAUGAAGAUGGAGCUGAGGAUGAUGAAGAGGGAGUUGAUGAUACUCAAGUUAGGGUUAGAACUCAAGUCAGGGGAUAUGCCCUUUCUUUUGUAAACACUUUGGCUGAUUUUGGUAUGUUUUGUUGA